ACGCGCAGUGGGACGCGCCGGACUCGGGUGUGAAGAUGGCGGACGAGGAGGAGAUAGACCCGGAGCGCAUUAUCCGUAGUAUAACAAACAGUAUCGAUACAACGAUCGGGACCCUCAAACGACGUUUUCAAGAGCUGUACGACGUGGUCUUGAAAGACAGUACGGACUCCCCUGUUGAGGCGUCUUCUCAGUACUGCCAGGACUUCUGUCGGACGUUGGUGGAGUAUGCCGGCUGCUGGGAGGUGGAGCAGGACCCGGUGGCGCUGGUGGAGGUGUACACGGCCGCCUUGCAGGCCUACAGCCAGGCCUCGGCCUCCCUCUCCCCUCAGUGUGACAGCGUCCCGCUGGUGCUGGAGCGGCUGGCCCUGAGCUUCAUUGAGCUGCUGUUGUCCCUCAGGGAGGAGCUUCCUGCCAGCUUCUGGGAGGAAGUGAGGUUUUCAGUCCAGAGGGCCCACUCGCGGCUCCAGGAGAGCGGGAUCCCCCAGCUGAGCCUGUUGUGCUCCCUGACCCAGCAGAAGGGUGUGUGGGCCAGCCCGGUGCUGCAGGGCGUUCUCUCCCAGGAGACCCAGUCGAAGGAACAAGUGGAUGAGUUCCUGGAGCAGGAGGGCCCGGUGCUGCUGGAGAUGAGGCUGAAGCAGCUGAUGAAGGAUGAGGGCCGUCUGAAGGGGGCGGAGGUGCUGGCCAAGGCCUGCGCGGAGCACCCGGCCUUCGAGGGCAGGGGGCACUUUAAACAAACGCACCUCAUCUGCCUGUGCUCCACUGCAGAGCACCACCAGCUCAUGGAGGAGCUGUCUAAGGUGGACUGUCGGGAUGCGCUGGAGAUGAUCUGUAACCUGGAGUCGGACGGUGACGAAAGGGUGGCGUUUAGCCUCUGCUCCGCCUUCCUUACCCAUCAGCUCCUCCAAGCAGACACCUACUGCGCCUGGGAACUCACCUUGUUCUGGAGCAAGUUGCUGAAGAGGCUUGAGUCCUCUGAGCAGGACUUCCUGGAAAGAUGCCGCAAGAUGUCCAUGCUCUCCAAAACCGUGUUCCACAUCCUAUUCCUUAUAAAAGUCGUCCAAUCAGAGAUGGACAGCGCUGGACUGCCGACCUGCAUUGAAAUGUGCAUCAUGGCUCUGCAGUUGAAGUCGAGCGACGGAAACUCCAAGGCCACCAUCUGCAAAACCCUUUCCUGUUUGCUUUCCAACGACCUGGAGGUGAAGCGCGCCUGCCAGCUCACCGAGUUCCUCCUGGAGCCCACCGUGGACGCCUAUUACGCCGUGGAGAGCUUGUACAACGAGCCCGACCAGAAGCUCGAGGAGGAGAACAUGCCCGUUUCCAACUCCUUGCGCUGUGAGCUCCUACUGGUCUUCAAGACCCAGUGGCCCUUCGACCCAGAGUUCUGGGACUGGCGAGCCCUGAAGCGACAGUGCCUGGCCCUGAUGGGCGAGGAGGCCUCCAUCGUGUCCUCCAUCGACCUGCUCAACGACAACGAGGACCCAGAGGGUCCCGAUGAGGAGGAGGGGCCAGAGCACCGAGGUCAGGAGGACCGCAGAGACCUCACCACCUGCUUUGUGGACACCACCAAUGAGCUGGACGAAAUCACGGACCGGCGGCAGAAAAACAGAGAAAUUAAAAAGCUGAGGCAGAAGGGCUUUGUGUCUGCCAGGUUCCGGAACUUUCAGGCAUACAUGCAGUACUGCGUGCUGUGCGAUAAGGAGUUUCUGGGCCACCGGAUAGUGCGUCACGCACAGACUCAUUUUAAAGCUGGCGUCUUCAGCUGCCCGAUAUGUGCUGAAACGUUUACCUCAAAAGACACUUUGGUUCCGCAUGUGGCUUCACACGUAAAGCAGUCUUCUAAGGAGAGGCUAACUGCGAUGAAAAACAACAAACAAUUGGCUAAUCCUAGAACGGCGGCCCCAAUUAUAGCAGCAUUAAAAGCCAAGUCUGAAAAUUACCUUCACACGAAUGGAGAUUCGCAAGGACCGAGCGGAGGCGCAUCACACACCGCCAGGAACGAUGUCUCUGGAUUUCAGGUGAAAAGCCAUGAAGAAAAUGUCUGCCCUGUGUCAAGCUGCAAAAAGAGCUUCAAGUUUCUAAAAAAUCUUUUUACACAUGUGAAGGCCCAUGGGGACAACGAGGAGGCCAAGCGUUACCUCGAGAUGCAGAGCAACAAGGUUGUUUGCCAGUACUGCCUCCGGCAGUUUGUCAACGUCGCCCACCUCAACGACCACUUGCAGGUGCAUUGUGGCGUUGACCCCUACAUCUGCAUCCAGUUGAACUGCAAAGCUAGUUUUCAGUCCAACCCUGAACUCCUCGUUCACAGGAAAAGCCACGUUGUGUUCAAGGCAAGAUGCAUAUUUCCGAACUGUGGAAAGAUCUUUAACGAAGCCUUUAAGCUCUAUGACCACGAGGCCCAGCACUAUAAAAACUUCACGUGUAAAGUCCCAGACUGCCGAAAAUUAUUCCAUUCUCAAAACCAGUUAGAGCUACACCAGGAAGAACACACCACUGAAACAAUGCAAGAGGAGCAGCAGAUUACACAACAUAAUUCACAACAGAAUUUAGAGCAGAACCCAGAACAGAAUUCACAACAAAAUUCCCAAAAUUCAGGCCCUUCGCUAAUCGAACGAAUGCUGUCCGACUCGACUUCCUUUUCACUUGAGAUUUCUCAUGAAUCAAAGGACUUUAGUUGUGCUAAUGUCAGUAGUCGACAGCCACCGCCGUUAAACUCAAUAGAAAGCCUGCUGGCCUCUCCUCGCAGGCCAUUGCAAGACUUUGGACAAUACGUGAUCAAAAGUGAAUGCCAAGAUAUGCCUUGUUCCUCCAUCGGUCAAACGCAGGAUUUAGAUAUUUCUGCUAUUCGGUCCUCUGUGAAUUCCAAUAUCAAUUCCCAUCCAAAUAGACCCAUGGCAAGUCCAGAAACUCAUUCUUUCGAUCAUUUGAGAGCCGCCCUGCAGAGUCGGGACACUCCUUCAUUUGAAGCUCAGACUGCAGGACUCCACAGUGGGCACGCAAAUGCGUUUGAAGACCAGACACCGAUGUUCUCCCCUAAUGAAAGCCCUGGGUCGAUGAUGUACUCUUCCAACUGCAACGUAACCUAUCCGCAACAGUUCCCGCCCACAUGCACCAACAUGCAUCCAUCUGACAAUGGCAUACCUUUAGGAAUGUGUCAAACCCUUCGUCCAUCGAUGACCCCUCUUCCACCAUCUGGGAUCAGGUCAGGAAAUGCUGCACCGUAUCCUGUAAACCAAGCCACUCCCUCAGCACAAGAGCGACACCAUUGUGCGUUUGGAAACUGUACGAGGAACUACAGCUCCUACAGAAGUGUCACAAAGCACAUGCGUGCUACGCACCCAGAGUUUUAUGAUCAAUGGAAAAUUGCGAGGAAAAAUGUCAAGAAUCCCCAGGGCAUGCUGCUUGCCAAUGGGUCUGCAGGGAGUACCAAACUGGUUCCUCCAUCACAAACCUCAGAGACUGAAGCUGUCCAAAUGCGUGCCAUCCAGAAACAAGUUGUCCACCAACCUCUGCCUUAUCCUACUAUGGAUCCAAGCUCAUGUUACACCAGUCAACUCACCUCUGUUCAAAAUCAUGAUGCUCCCUUGAAUAUGAGGAAUAUCCUUAAUCCUAUUGUUGUUUCUCAGUUGGCAAGUCAAGGGGAUACAGGCGCACCUAUGCAAUCUCAAGUUGCAACUACCCCUCAAUGGCACAGAAAUCAAGGACAAGGUCAGAUUCCCGCCCACGUUUAUCCAUCAAAUAUGCAAAGGAUGCUACAGGUGGAUCUCACCAGUGGAGGGCUUCAAUUGGGGCACUCAAUGGACCCGCCUCUUAUUCGGAAACGCCCUCAUUCGGUUUCAGCAUCAUACAUUGACGGUAGUGACGUGGGGAAUUCACUUCAAUCUUUCACAUCACUAAGUGAUAAUUGUUCUGUCUCAAAUUAUAUCGCCCCGGCAAUAACAAAGGCAAAAGAAACGCAUGACGGGCAAAUGCAGGACAAAUUCUCAUCUUCAUGCAGUAGCAAUAACCAAUAUCUAAAUGGUGAGACCUCUGAAAGCCUUGCAGACACUCAAAAUAAACCCAGAAAAAGGCCAAAAUGGCCAUCCAUUGUUGGAGAUGGAAAACACAGUUGUCCGAGGUGCAGUAAACAAUUUAACAGUUCCAAAUCCUUAGGUGGCCACUUGUCCAAGCGUCUAACGUGCAAGCCACUGUCUGAGGCUCAACCAGCAGUAGAUCUGCCUACAUCAUUCUUGGAUUUUCUCAACUCUGAGCCAACAGAGAAUGUAUUUAAUUCACAGCUGCUACCCGAUCAGUCUGCACUCCAUCAGGAGGGGCUAUCACAAUCUGUGGAAAACACUACAGUACACCCAAAUGCUUUUCCUGCUUCGGGCUUCACCCAUGCUGAUUCACCUGAGAUGGGAUCUGAGGAUGAUAUUCUGAAACGGAUCAUGGCUGAAGCAAACAUGGCUGAUCUAUUUGACCAGCCAUCAGUUUCCCAGCCUUUCUUCCAAGGUACCUACGGCGCUGUUGAGCGGAUGCCACAAAACUCUGUUAUACAGCACACCGGGGAUGUGCACCUUAAGGAGGAGCAGUUUUACCCUGAACCUUACCUUCAAUCAAACCUCCCUCAGUAUAGCAGUCCCAUUUACCCCGACCCCAUACUCUCGCAGAUCCUGUCAGAAAACCAAAAUGCCAGGCCUAAUCCUCAAAGUCUUCCUGCUGAUCAUGCGACAACUAAUCAGCAAACGGAUAUAAUUUCAAUUGAAGCAAAGCAGCAAACUUCCAUGGGGCUGCAUAGUUUGGCGCCAUCCAGUGUUAAUCAUGGCGAGUCAAAGUGGCAAAGUGAACAAGAUGUCAAGAAACGAUUAAGAGAGCAGAUAUUAUCUGGUGAUUUCACACAUAGAAGCUGCGUAUUUCAUUCAGACAACCAUAGCGCUAGUUCUAGUUCUAAUUCGAGACCUUCAAACCUUAGUGUUCAUCACUCUCCUUCAGAAUCAAGACGGGUCUCUCCAAAGAAAUCUAGAACUCCCUCUUCAGUCCCCAGUGGAUGUCCCAGAGGAGGUGUGGGUUUCACUGGUUUAAGCGGGUCUUCAUCCCAGCAAACUGGUUCCCUGACCCUCAACCACAUGGGGGAACAGAGCGAAACAGUGCUGUUUUCUGGAGUUUGUAGGCCGUGGGGAAUAGAUGAUCAUAAUGCAUGUGGGGGACCCGAAAAGGUCGGAAAGGUGAAUGGAAAUAUACAAACCUCUGUGAAACAGGAGGAAGAGACUGGGCCAACAAACGUUGAUCCUGAUUCAGAAUUCGUCAAGCCGUUUGCUUGUCAUAGUGAAGACUGCACCUUUAGGGCUAUGUCUUCUGAUGUGCUUUGGAAACACAUGUUUAGAGUCCACAACUACACGCUAGAGAUGAUUAACAAUGCAAAGCAAAGGAAUGCUAAAUUAGCACCAUUCGGCUGUCAUAAAUGCAGUAAAGCAUUUACACGUAACUCCAAUCGCCGGGUUCACUACCAGACUGCUCACCGGAUGUCGAUCGAUGAAAUCUCCAAAUUACCCGUAAAGCCCACUUUAGCCCCUGUCGUUCAAUUCCCCGGUACCCAAAACCAGACCCAAACUGAAGCAGACCAGAAUGCCAUUGAAAAUGAAAGCAUAACCCUCAAAGAACCCUUCCAAGGCCAACCACCAUUGUUUGGAGAGUGUUGCGGCAAAGAUGUUAUACAGCAGAACUCCAGCAAUGACAAUUGUUUCACUCAAGUCCACAGAAAUCUUGCCACCCAGGCAUCUACAGGGAGCAGCCUGUUGCCACCCCAAACUGUUUCUGGUUCAGAUUUGUCGGCUGGACAAUACAAACAUCUCCCCGCGACGCCUACUCGAUACUCUGCUGAUCGAUAUGGUCAACUCUAUUUGCAAUCUGCACCAACUCCUCUGGCCCCAUUGCCCUCAUCGCCACCUAAAGCUAACAUAACUAUACCUUUGGAUAUACCACCAAUUACCAAAACAACUUCAGCCAGCAGAGUCGAGAGGCCGAUUCCAGAGGUAGCAAAGAAGUUAAAAGGGAAGAAAUCGAAUGCAGUCUUUAAUCCGUACCGACCAUAUUGCUGUGUUCACGAGGGAUGUGCCGCAGCUUUUACAGUUCAACACAACCUCAUCCUCCACUACCGGGCUAUCCACCAGUCUGCUCUCUCUGUGCUGGCGGUCAAAAAAGAACAGGAUGGAACCGAUGCAGCGGACGAGUCAACGGAUUCUGAAGAAGAUGAUGAGGAGGUGGCAGAUUCUGAGAACGAAUUUGUUCCUGAAUUCCGAUGCCAGGAGAAGGACUGUUGUCGAGUUUUCCAGGAGGUUCCCAGCUUGCUGCAGCACUACCUCCAGCUCCACGAGUUCAGCCUGGACAAGGCUGGUGCGAUCCUAUCUCGUAUCAACCUCGGCCAGUUCGCCUGCGACCAGCAGAGGUGUGUGGCGAUGUUCACCUCCUUCUGGAAGUACGUCGGACACAUCAAGGAACUACACGGAGGUGUGACGCUGUCCAGACAAGAAACAUUAAAUGGGUUCAGUUGUGAUGUGGAAGAUUGCAACCGAACAUAUGCCACAAAGUAUAACCUGCUGCGACACACGAUGAAGAAGCACCCCGAGACCUACCAAUUGAAAGUGCUGAAUCAAACGAUACCGGAAGAGUGUGCAAAACAGAAUUCCAAGAAUUCCCAUAAUACCCAUUACCCAAUUGUCAAAGCCAUUGACGGGAAGGAGAACAUCCAGAGCAAUAAGAAGCUUCAGAAAGUAAGUGAGAAAAAACGACCGGAGAAGACGCAGAAGAACAACUGGACUAAAUAUGGCAAGCCAUCUUUAAAGAGCAAGGGCGAGGCCUCUGCGCUGUGCACCAAGAACUUCACCUUGCAAUACCCAUGCAUGCUAGCAGGCUGCGAGUCGGUCAUGAGGUCGGAGCGCAGCAUCAUGAAGCAUUACAUGGGCCACGGGCUUUCUGAGCGCUACCUGGAGGAGCAGAGAAGCCACUACAUCUUCUGUAAGAAGUUCUCCCGACUCAAACACCACUCCAGCCGGAGUGACGACUCCAAGUCCGACAACAGCUCGGACCUGUCCGACGAUGACCUCUUGGCGGACACCGGCAUGGGAGGCAGCGAAUACCUUUCGGCCAAGCCCGGCUUGCGGAAAAGGGUGGCUGCAGAAAGGUCGGGAGGAUUCUUUGAUGGCGGUCCGUCAGACGAGGACGGCGACUCAGUGGCCGUGUCCAAAGAGCCUAUUGUGGUCAAGCGCAAAAGAGGGCGACCUCGCAAGCUGGUCGGAAACGCAGGGAAACCCAAAGCAACAUCGAGGUCCACGAGGAGGAAUCGCAUAGUGCACAGCGCCGCCGAUGAAGAAACUGAUUCCUGCGACUCCUCGGCUUACCUUGCCCUGACGCCAGACGACGGCACGCAGCUCGGCGAUACUCUGCCCUCCUUUAAACCCAUGGGUUUUGAGGUGUCCUUCCUGAAGUUCCUGGAACACUCUACACCGCCAGAACAGAACUCCACAAGGGCCCGAGGUCGGCCCCCCGGGAAGAAGUCCAGUUUGCACACCAAAGACACCUGCGUGGUAUUCAGUAACCGGCAGAACUUUGAGGCGCUCGGUAAGGUCAGGAUUGUCGUCGACGGGGCGUAUUCCGUCGUGGCCACCCUUCUGUUGAAACAGCUGCAAGAUAUGAGACCCACGGUGAUGUUGGAAAAAAGUGACUAAUUUUCUGUGAUUUUUAUUUUUGUAUUUUUAUUUAUUUUUUGACAAUACAAUCUCAGGUGUAGAAAAAAAAAAUACAUUUUAAACUGCUGCGCACUGGUGCCCUUCAAAACUUUUUUUUUUUUAUUGACAUGUAGUGAGUGGGAGACCUCGAAAUGAUUUGUAUUUAUGUAAAAUGUAUUUUUUUUUUUUUUGUCAACUGUAUAGCAUGUUUGUAUUUAUAAACUCUUUAGAAGAUUGAUCAGCUGUGGAGUUUAAAACUGUCCCGAUGGGGAAAUAUAAAUAUAGAUCUAGUAAUACAACACACAGAGGAAUAAUGUUACUUAUAUCUUACAUUGUCUGAACUCGAAUUAUUUGAUUGUGUUUUUAAACAACUACUGCCACCAGCAGGUUGAAUAUAACAAUAAACCUUUUUUGUAAUUAA